ACCUUCAGAGAACACACUCUAGAGGGCGCAUCCUUUGAAAAUUGAAUUUUUUUCUCGUCGAAAAAGACAGGGACGACGGUUAUACACAAUCGAAUGGAAGAAGGUGACAUUUAAUAACUCACUUUGUAGCAUUUAAAAGCAAUGACCAUCAUGAGCAUUACUGAAAUCUGUGAGAACACCAAAGCUGGACGUGAGUAUGCUCUCCUGGGAAACUACGAAACGUCAUUGGUAUAUUAUGAAGGUGUGCUCCAACAGAUUCAGAAAUUUAUCUCGUCGAUGAGAGAGCCAGCUAGAAAACAUAUGUGGCAGAAGAUAAGACAAGAUAUAGCUGAGGAGUACAACCAGGUGAAGGAUAUCAAUACCACAUUGAAUAGCUUCAAGGCGGAGUCUGCAGAACCUGCAUUCAGUAGGGAUGCAAAACCAUCCAGAGACCCAGAUGUCUGGCCACCGCCAACACCAGUUGAACACAAACCUUCACCAAAUUAUGGAAGAGCUCCUCGCAAAGAACCAUCAUAUCGACCGGAUCCAAAGCCAUCUAACCGUAUAUCUGCUCGUGAUGCGCCACGAGGACCAUCGGGAGGCCGAGCAAAUGGUGGCCGUGAUGCUCGUGGCCGUGGCGGUUCAGAGCGAGACAAGAGGGACAAAAAAGGAGGGAAGGUUGAAAAGGAAAAAAAGUCACCAGAAGAAGGAGAUGAGAAGAAAUUUGACAGCGCAGGCUACGAUAAGGAUCUUGUGGAGAAUUUAGAAAGAGACAUCGUCCAAAAGAAUCCCAAUGUACACUGGACCGACAUUGCUGGCCUAACAGAGGCUAAGAGGCUUCUUGAGGAAGCUGUGGUCCUGCCACUCUGGAUGCCUGAUUACUUCAAAGGUAUACGAAGACCCUGGAAGGGUGUUCUAAUGGUAGGUCCUCCGGGUACGGGAAAAACACUUCUGGCCAAAGCAGUCGCAACCGAGUGUGGCACAACAUUCUUCAAUGUAUCGUCUUCCUCCUUAACCUCCAAAUGGAGAGGGGAGUCUGAAAAAUUGGUCCGACUGCUAUUUGAAAUGGCUAGAUUUUAUGCUCCUAGUACCAUCUUUAUUGAUGAGAUUGACUCAAUCUGCAGUAAACGUGGUGGAAGCAACGAACAUGAAGCAAGUCGUAGAGUCAAGUCGGAGCUGCUGGUACAAAUGGAUGGUGUACAAGGGGCUACUGGAGAUGGUUCGGACAGCUCAAAGAUGGUGAUGGUACUGGCUGCUACUAACUUCCCAUGGGAUAUUGACGAGGCUUUGCGCAGACGACUUGAGAAAAGAAUAUACAUUCCACUUCCAGGCUUGGAGGGGCGGGAACAGCUACUGAGGAUUAACCUGAAAGAAGUGCCAUUGGCUGAUGAUGUUGACCUGACGGUUAUCGCACAACAGCUUGAAGGCUACUCUGGCGCUGACAUCACUAACGUCUGCAGGGAUGCGUCAAUGAUGGCCAUGAGGAGAAGAAUACAAGGUCUACGACCGGAGGAAAUCCGACAGAUCCCAAAGGAAGAGUUAAAUUUGCCAUCAACUGCGGAAGACUUCUUAUCUUCCAUCAAGAAAGUGUCGAAAUCCGUAGGCAAAGAAGAUCUAGAGAAGUAUGAGAAAUGGAUGGUAGAAUUUGGAGCGACAUAAGAUUUACCGAACAAGCUUUCAUGGUUUCCCUCCUUUGCAGUGUCUGCACCUACCUGACCCACCCUUCUUAUUACGCCUUAUUUAGGGAUGAGCAUUUGCAAAAUAUUUGCAUAUUAAUUAUUAUUCACAGCACUGACUGUGGUGGCACACUAUGUUCCUUAGUUGAAGUAAAAAAUUGUGCAGCAAACCCAUUAAAAAAUAAUAGCUUUCUGCAAUACAUUUAGGGGAAUAUUUGGUAUCAGGUCACAAAUGGUUCAUGGAUUGCGUUUUUGGACUAUACACAUAUGCACUGUGUGAUGGCGGCUUAUAAGCAAAAUGCCUAUCAUAAUUGAUAAUACUUUCAAUGUUACAGUAAUACUAGGUAAGAAAUUGUUACACUUUAUCCCUGUUGUCUCUAUGCAUAAGUAUAUAAGUGGGUUUAGAUGACAUCAAGUUCACAAUUGCCUGCAACAUUGAAAAACUUUUAUCAAAUACUCUCCCAAAAAGGUUUUUAGAGGCCUUUCUUCACACUAUCAUGUUUAUCCAUAUAUGGGUGUGAUAUGAGAUUUACAGACAUGAAGCUUGCCAUUCCAAACCAGCAUACUUAAUUAGCCUAGGAAUGUGCCAGUAUUGUAUACUUCAGUACAGAGAAGCCGUAAUACUUUUACUCAUAACUUUGAGAAUAGUAAGUCGAUUUGAGUAAAUGACCCAUCAUUUUAUAGCUUACAAUUUGGGGAAUAAUAAUAUAUUAAAAACUCAUUUUAAUUUUUUGGUCACUGAUUUGGUUUUGAGAAGGCCAGCCUCAAAUGAUAGCUAAAAAACUUUUUAAUUAAUGAACUGUUACAAAUGAUGACAUAAUAAAAUUUGAAUUUUUUUCAUCUAUUCUAAAAGUUUCAUAGUAAGAAAUAAACAGCUAUAUCACUCAGAAGAUUUACUGGAAUGGAACAAACUAGUAUCUAAAAUAAUAUAAAUAUAAUUUAGCAACAAGGAAAUUUCCUAUGAAAGAUGUUGAUAUUCUUCGGACGAUAUUGUAUAUAGUAUAUAGUUACACAAGUGCUUUAAAUAAUGAAAUUACGUUUGGUAAAUUGAAUAGUAUACAUCAUACAAAAUUUACAGUAGCGAUAGUGUUUUUUUCUGUGUCCAUAACAGUAUAUAUAAACAUUACAAAAAUUAUUAUAAUUUUUCAUCAUUUGGAAUUUUUUCCAAAUACAGAAUAAAUUAAUUUCUCAGAAUAUAGAAAUGAUAAUCAAAGUAAUUACUUUCUAAAACUGUCCAAUAAAAGUGUAAUACUAACUAAUUAAAGAAUUGAUAUAUUUAGAUUUACAUACAAGGUAUGUUGAAAUAGAAAAUAUAAUAAGGAGAAAUGUUUAAGAUAGGUAUCUGGUAACUGCUCAUUUUCUCAAUCAAAUAAUUAUGCCAUUACAUAAUUUGGUGUGUGUUUUGAAUAUUUACUAACUGUAUAAGGCCAGCUACUUCACUUUUACACAAGAAUAACCUUGCAUAAUAAAAAUUUGUCAAAAUGGGUUAAAAA